AUGAGUGUCGCCGAAUAUGAGGUCCAAUUUACGAAGCUGUCCCGCUUUGCUCCUGAAUUGAUAGCCACGGAGCAAAGGCAUGUCAGAAGGUUCGUGCAGGGACUGAAUGUGGAAAUACAGGAAGGUUUAGCUGCCGUGAGGAUAGACACUUUCGCAGAUGCCGUCGAGAGAGCCCAGGGAGUUGAAGUAGCUAGAGCUCAAGUGAAAUCUUUUCAGGUCAAGAAAAGAUUUGCUCCUAGCAGUAGUCGGGAGUCGGCAUAUGGAAAUGCUCCACCGGCCAAAGUGGGCCGAGGAGGCAGUGGAGUGACUAGUCCUGGAGCACCACGAGGCGCACAAGCAAGAGGAACCGGGGCAAGGAAUGCAGGGGGACGAAAUAAUGGAACUAGAGUGGGACCGAAUGGAAGGGGACAACCUAGGAACACCUCGUCGGGAGGCCGAGCAAUAAUUUCCCAAGUGACUUGUGCCUAUUGUAAGAAACCUGGUCAUACUAUAGACGGUUGCUGGAAGAAGCAAGGAAAGUGCUUGAGGUGCGGAAGUAGUGAGCACCAAAUUUCUGAUUGUCCAAAAGUGCAGGAAUGGAUUACUCCAAACGCUAGACCAAACACUUCUGGAGGGAGCCGGCCGACAGUUCCUGCCAGAGUAUAUGCUAUAGAUGACCAACCUGUACCUGAUUCCUCAGAAGUUGUGGAAGGUACACUUUCGAUUUUUCAUCGAUUAGCUAAAGUGUUAAUUGACCCUGGUGCAACCCAUUCAUUCGUAAAUCCAUCUUUUAUGUCUGGAAUAGAUGUGAAACCUGUUAGAUUACCCUUCGAUCUUGAAGUUAGGACACCAAUGGGUAAUAAGAAGAUAAUCACUAGCUUAGCCUAUAGGAAUUGUGAAUUCUGGAUUGGAGAGCGUAAAAUGCUAGUGGAUCUAAUCAGUCUGGACAUAAAAGGUUACGAUGUUAUAAUAGGAAUGGAUUUUCUAGCUCAUCAUCAUGCUAAGCUUGAUUGCCGAGCGAAAGUGGUAGAAUUUUGUAUACCGGGAGAAGAAACCCUGAGGUUAGAUGUUAAGGGUAGGUUAGCAUCGUCAGCUAUGAUCUCAGGAAUUCGGGCAAGGAAAAUGUUGUCUAAAGGAGCGCAAGGUUUCCUAGCCUUUUUGAUUAACACUCCCAGUGAUCAAGUAAAAUUGGAGGAUGUACCAGUGGUACGGAAAUUUUCGGAUGUUUUUCCCGAAGAGCUAAAAACUCUACUGCCGGAAAGAGAAGUGGAAUUUAAGAUUGACUUGGUGCCUGGAACGGCUCCAAUUUCUAAGACUCCGUACCGAAUGGCUCCUGUCGAGCUAAAGGAGUUGAAAAUUCAACUCUUGUUCGACCAACUGCAAGGAUCAGUGGUCUUCUCUAAGCUGGAUUUAAGGCAAGGGUAUUAUCAGUUGAAGAUUAAGAAGGAGGAUAGAGUCUUUAAGAAACACUUGGAUCAGUUUGUAGUGGUCUUCAUCGAUGACAUCUUGAUAUACUCUAAGAUCCGAGAGGAACAUGUUAAGUACUUGGAGAUAGUUUUGCAGAUAUUAAGAGAGCAUAAGUUAUAUGCCAAGUUCAGUUAUUAUAGGCGGUUUAUCCAGGAUUUCUCGAAAAUUGCAGGACCUAUGACCGAGCUAACCAAGAAAGGGACUAAGUUUAUUUGGACUCCGAAGUGUGAGUCAAGUUUUCAGGAGUUAAAGAAGCGUUUAACAUCCGCUCCGAUUUUGGUAUUACCUGAUGGAGGAGAAGGUUACGCCGUGUAUUCCGAUGCAUCCAAAGAAGGUCUAGGAUGUGUUUUAAUGCAAAUGGGUAAGGUAGUUUCCUAUGCUUCUAGGAGAUUGAAACCUCAUGAACAAAAUUACCCAACUCAUGACCUAGAACUAGCUGCAGUAAUUUUCGCCUUAAAGAAAUGGAGACACUACUUGUACGGCGUGACUUUUGAGGUUUAUACGGACCAUAAGAGCCUCAAGUAUUUGUUCUCCCAAUAG